ACUGCUGCUAUCGUUCUACAGCAAGCUUUACCUGCAGGAGCAAGGGCAUGCACACCUAACCAGGAGCAAGGUGCUGUCUCGCUGGUUGGCAUCUCUUCCUGUGCAGUUGUCCCAGUUGGGCCACCGUAACCCAAUGCUGUCUGCGCAGCUCAUCCUUUCCAUCCAGGCCGCUGCUUCUCGAGGCAACAAAGACCUGCUCAGCAGUCUGCAGACGCAUGCCUGCACGCUGUAUGAUCCACAGGAUGGGGUCGUGGUGCUCUUACCAUCAGAGUCCCAGCAGCGAAUGGUGCAGCUGCUCUACUUCCUCCCCAAGAUGUCCCAGCCUCUUCUGGCCAAUCUGAGCAGCUGCUGCACUGCUGGACGAAUCUCUGCCGGCCUCGCCGCCUCUCUGAUUCGUAUCAUACAUCUUAGGUCCCCUCUGAGCAGCUGGACAGCUGGGAGCCAGGAAGCAGCAUUGCAGCACGUGGACUAUUUCAGCUUCCUGUUCUCCACCCUCAUAGGCUUCUCGUCCGAACAGCUCGCCUCCCUGCAGGAGGCAGAGGAUGACAGUGUCCUGCCUCCCGCCGCUCUUUCACCUCUCAGCGUCUACCCCACCCCGCUGGAGCAGUUCACACACCACUGGGACAUUGUUGAGGAAGUGUGCCACUGUCUGGAAACUCUGGGCUCAAAGUCUCAGUGCUUUGACAUCUUACAAACUGGCAUUUGCAACUACCUGACCAAGUUAGAGGUGGUUUCCGACAGCAUGGCGGCCGGGCUGCUGAGAGCUGUAUCCAGACUGCUGGAUCUCUCAGUCCUGCCCCUUGAGCCUGUGUUGCGCUUCUUGUCACAGUGCUGCCUCAGCCUGUUGUCGUUGCUCCUCACCCUGCAGCAGGAGGCACCUACUGAAACCAACCACAAAAGGGAAGCAAUUUGGGGUGCUUGCGUGACAGCGCUGAGCAGCAUUCCUCGCCUGCUGCGGGUUGUCCUGCAGUCGUUGCGCGUUGCCAAUCUGAACGAGGAGGAGCUGCCGCAGCUCGGACAGAUUCUCUCCAUGCUGCUGCAGCACACGUCGCUCCACAGCCAGCUGCUGGCCAACACCACUCUGCUGCAAGAAAUCCUCCAGCACCUCACGAGGUUCUCCCGGGGUGCAACCAGGGAGCAGUGGCUGACAGACCUGCUCUACUGUUACAGCGUCACCGUGGCUCACGGCUCGUCUGCUCACCGUGGUAAUCUGGGCCUUCGAGACAUAUACUAACGGAUGCACCCAACAGUACGUGGUGUAUUGCUCAGUUUAGCCUCCCAAACAUGUUACAGUCACAAUGACAACACGCAGGGCUCAGUAGUGACAAGUACACAUGAUCACACUUUCAUACAGAAGACAAUGAGAACUUUUUUGUUUUAAAGUACUCCACAUUCUUGUCCUUUCUUCUUUACUGUUUUAUUCACAGCCCUGGUAACUGUGUAUUCUCUUUUUUGAGUGUUAAUACUGAACGGUCGUCCAGUGGCUACUUAAGUGACUUUGUAUUAAAAGGAGUGGUGGGUAAGCAGAAUAAAGGCAAAAUGAAGUUAAAUCA